AUGACCUCCAUGAGCAAGGCCGUCCUGUUUGCUUCCGCAGCGAGAUUGGCAGCGGGCCUCCAGGCCGCCAUUGACAAGCUUGAGAACAUGUGGCCUCAGAAGGGCAAAGAGAUACUGGAGGGUAUCUUCGGUGCCCUCCCGCCCCGCGACGAGGGCAGGGCUCUGCAGGAGAGGCUGCUUCAGAAGUUUCAGAAGCACGGGACCUUUGUGUUCGCGGCCUUCGGUUCGUCCGUGUCCGCUGGCCACGACAACUUCAUGAACCAGAGCUGGCCAUUCGAGCUUGAGCGCAUGCUGAAGCCGACCUUUGAGGACCUGGGAUUCGGCUUCGAGAUGCGCCAGCGUUCUGCUGGCGGCUUUGGGGAGAUGCCUUUCGGAGCCGGCUGCCUUGCCAGCCGCGCGGGCGAAGGGGUAGACGCUUUGAGUUGGGAGUGGCACUAUUUCCGCGAUCCUCCCUGCGAGGGCCAUCACUUCCUCAACGAGGCAGCUGCCAUGAAGAGCCGCCCGAUGGUCUUCGCGUUCGCUGACAGCAACAUCCCCUUCGACACCCUGCUAAAGAACAGACUAGGGAACACUGAGACCGGAUGCGGUGAUAUCCGGGUUGCUGCGCGCGAUGCGGCGAUGGCCAUGAAGGACGACGAUACUUGGCACCCUGACAAACGUGAAUAUAAGCCGAACGAGUGGUAUCUCACGGAGGAGUUCAUCUCCAACGCAGAGGUCGACAGGUUCAGUCGGGAGCUGAGGUCCCGCAAGUGUGAUGGGCUCGAGGAGCACCCCGACGAGCGCGUUCCAGCGAAAGACAUUUGGCUCCAGCAGACAGGAGUGGCACCAGCAUUCGAGAGAUCUGGCCACGCUUUCUAUCCGGUCGCCGUCGGCGCUGGCACUGCACAGCUGGUUUCGAUUCCUUGGUACCAGGCUCGGGAGAAGGCGUUCAAGUACAAUUGGCAUCCAGGGCCCCUGGGCCACACCCUGAUCGCCUCGUCCAUGGCGCACUUCUUCCUCACCAACCUCAAGAGCGCCCUUGGCGAGGGGCCGGUGCCCAGGCGCAUGAAGGGGCCCUCGGACAACAACCCCCUGGUCGGGAAGCCCAUCGUCGGCCAGCUGGAGGAGCCGCAGUGCGGCACGCUCAGGGUGAGCCAGUGCAAGACCGGGAUGUUCCCCACCUCCCAGGGCACCGCUUUGAAGGGGUCGCGCCAUUCGGACAAGUCGGACGACACAUGGGAGUACAGCAUCUCCUAUCAGGCUGCGGAGCGCGGCCGUGAGGCGGUAGACAAGCGUUGGGUCUAUAGGGGCAACAAGACGUCCGGAGAGCUGAAACUCAACUUCGUGGCACCCAACGACGGUAUGUACGUGCUCCUCUGUGGAGCCCCGUGCGGUUGGAGGUGCGAUGGCAAAGCCGGUUACGUGUCCUCGAUGUCACAGCGGUGGUGGCCCGAAGACCUCCCCGCGCGCAAGAGCGUGAGCGACCUGAAGUUCUCCAUCGACGGCAACGGGAUCCGGGGCAAGGACCUGCCCAAGCUGCACGAGAAACUCUUCGGCACGGAGGCAGGGUCCUUCUGCCGGGACUGCACCAACCCCGCGUCGCUCUGCCAGCCGGUGGCCAAGGUGGACGCCGGGCAGCAUACGGUCGGCGCCAGGGUCGAACCCCGCAGCUACGAGGGCGCCGACGGUGAGGACACCUUCGUCGAGAUCAUGGAGCUUUUGGUGGUGGGGUGA